AUGGAUUCCCUUCUUGAACCAUUCACUAAAGGGAGGAAGGAACAGUUUUGUGUUGAAAUGAUGCAACGCCUCGAUAUUCAGAGAAGGAACGAACAUUUCUGUGAUGUGAUUCUGGAAGUCGGCUCCGGUGAUGAUCAAGCUCGCUUGAAAGCCCACAGAAACGUGUUGUGUGCAGCAAGUCCGUUCUUUUUUAAUGCUCUAAACAGCGAAAUGAAAGAGAAGAAAGAGGGAGUGAUCCGACUGGAAGACGCUAGCAAAUCGGUGAUGGAACAAGUGUUGGAGUACUUGUACACGGGCAAUGUUGACAUCAAUGAAAAGAAUGCAUUUGAUUUGUUUGCCCAAGCUGAUUAUUUCCUUAUUUCAAGCCUGAAAGCUCGAUCUAGCAAGUUCAUUCUCCAAUCAUUGUCCAUUUCUAACUGCAUUACGGCGUACUAUUUUGCACUGAAAUAUCAAUGGGAAGAACUACAGAGUGGAGCAAGAAGUUAUAUUCUGCGAAGAUUUUCUGCUGUGGUUGAAACUAAUGAUUUCCUUAAUUUGAGCAGUAAACAAGUCGAGGAAUGGAUUUCAAGAGAUGAUAUUGUUAUCAAAGGAGAGGAAGAAGUAUUUGAAGUAGUCUUGAGAUGGAUCGAAAAGAACGGUUCCAGAAAUUACCAAACGUUUUAUGAUCUCUUCCAACAUGUUCGGUUUAUCUAUGUUCCUCGCAACUACUUGUGUACAGUAAUUCUUCCACACCGUUUAGUAAAAGACAGAAGGACAUGUGUGGAUUUGGUCUUGGAAGCACUGAAUUGCACAUCUGAUGGUACUGAGGAGUGCUUUCUCGCCCAGGGACCAAGAGAUUGCCUGAAAACCCAUGAAGAUGCCAUUGUUGCCUGUGGUCACAAGAAAACAUGUUGCUACAUCCCUUCUAAAAACAAGUGGUAUGAACUGGCGGGAAUGCCAUCCAAAGUGCCAGCUGGUGCCUGGCGUUACUUUACAAGUGCUUCUCAUGGAAAAUUGUUUGUGAGUACUGCACCAGCAAAUAAUGCAGAUGGCUUCUUGGUGCAAUAUGAUCCAUCCCUUAACCAGUGGUCCUCAGUAAAUACCAAUCCUUUGGGACCAAUACCCAGACACUCUGCUGUUGUCACUUUCCAUGGUUUCUUGUAUGUUAUUGGUGGAGCAGACUCAAGCAGGAUGUUUAUGUACCGUGAUGUUUGGAAGUACAAUCCUGAUACCAAACUGUGGCAGUCAGCUCCUCCAAUGAGUGUGCCCAGAGCAAAAGUGUGCGCAGUUGCUGACCGACAAUAUUUAUAUGCUAUUGGUGGUAAGAGAGAUAAUGGUCAGCUUUUGGACACAGUUGAAAGGUUUGAUCCUUCAACAAAUACUUGGAAAGUCCUUGCUUCAACCCUUGCAAAAAGAGCCUCUGCUUCGGGAGUAGCCAUGAAAGAAAAACUGUACAUAUUUGGAGGUCUUGCCACAGAAGCGACAGUCGGAGACCCCUGCGAAAUAUACAAUCUUACAACCAACACAUGGAGUGGAUUGUCAAGCCCUGUUGCACCAAGAUGCCUUGCCAGUGCUGUGAGUUUCAAAGGGAAAAUAUUUGUGUUUGGGGCUUUUCCCCGCCAGGGAAGGAAGGAAAUGAAAUUGCAGGUGUAUAAUGUUGAUGAAAACAAGUGGGAACCCUGUACAGGGGGGCCCAAUUUUACUGCGGCUAAAUUUCACAAAAUCUCUGCUCUCAGAAUUUUGAAAAGUUACUGUACAUGUAGGUUUACUUACAGCUUU